CUCCCUCUCCUCCCGUACAACUAGUCUACUUGGUUUGUUUAAGGGAAGGGAAGGGAAGCCGCCGCCCGGCUUCUCCGUCACCAACCACCACGGCUCCAGGGCCAGGCUCCAGCAGCAGCAUGGCUUCUUCCUCCUCGCUUCGGAUCCCCACACCAACCCACCACCCCGCCGCCGCCUAUGCCUCCGUACGCGUCCGCCGCGCCGCCCUCUCCAUCUCCGCCUCGGCCACCAAUGGCUCCACCGGCGUUCCCGUCCCCGUGCCGCGCGAUCCGGCCAUCGCCCUGCCUCGGCCACUUACGAGCGCGGAUCUGAUGGGGGAAGCCAGCGGAGAUGGACUCAAGGUCGCAUACCAGGGGUGCCCGGGAGCCUACAGCGAGGCGGCUGCUAAGAAGGCCUACCCGAGUUGCCAGACCGUGCCCUGUGAGUACUUCGAGACCGCCUUUCAGGCUGUUGAAAAUUGGGUAGCUGAUCGCGCAGUUUUGCCGCUAGAGAAUUCAUUGGGUGGUAGCAUACAUCGGAACUACGACCUUCUGCUCCGCCAUAGGCUGCACAUUGUUGGCGAGGUACGACUCGCCGUUCGCCAUUGCUUGUUGGCCAAUCGCGGUGUCAAGGUUGAAAACUUGCGGAGUGCAAUGAGCCAUCCUCAAGCUCUCGCACAAUGUGAACAAACGCUCACAAUGUUAGGCAUUGAUCAUAGAGAAGCUGUUGAUGAUACAGCAGGCGCAGCCAAGCAUAUUGCUGAACAAAAUCUCCAAGACACCGCUGCUGUCGCUAGUUCAUUGGCUGCUCAACUUUAUGGGCUGGAUAUUCUUGCAGAAAAUAUCCAGGAUGACACAGAUAAUGUAACCCGUUUUAUGAUGCUGGCUCGGGAACCCAUUAUUCCUCGCACUGAUAAGCCAUUCAAGACUAGCAUUGUAUUCUCUCUGGAAGAAGGACCUGGACAACUCUUUAAGGCACUUGCAGUAUUUGCUCUGAGAAAAAUCAACCUCACCAAGAUGGAAAGUCGUCCACACAAGAAAAGGCCUCUGCGUAUAGCUGAUGAAAAUUGUUCCACGCCGCUGAAGCACUUCGACUACCUUUUCUAUGUAGAUUUUGAGGCGUCAAUGGCUGAUCCAAAUGCUCAAAAUGCUCUCAGUAACUUGAAGGAGUUUGCCACCUUUUUAAGAGUUCUAGGGAGCUAUCCUACUGAUGUUAGUGAAGCAUGAAUUGCCAGGCGCCUGCUUCAAAGUACGUGCUUUUUUUGUGAGUAAACAAAAAAACAUUAUCAUCCCUUGGUUGUCGAUAUUUGGCUUUGGAAGAGAAACCCUUUUUGCCGGUCACAAUGAAGAGAUCCACUUGGCCAUUUUGUAACUUCAUAAUUCAUUUAUAUCCAAACUAAAUCUUUCUGAGGGGUACUUCUCCAGAUGUUUAUUGUCUCUCCGUGUAUGAAAGAGAAUGCUUGAUUUUUUUUUUCCUGACAAUUCGUAACAUGAUAGGCUUGUAUUAUAGCGAUAGAUAUCGUGUUGAAGAAUAGUCUUGGUUGUUUUUGCCUGGCUUGAUAGUGACAAUGAUAGUUUGAACUCUCGAGAAUUAUGUGUGAGGUUGCUAUAAUGCCUGUAUUA